AUGACUUCCGGAAUAUUUCGGAAGAAAUUGAGGAGUCGAGACAAAAAUACGGAGAGAACAGCGGGCAAUAUUACCUCGGAUUUAUUGACCGAUUAUCUUCAGAUUUCCAGAAUUAAUUGCUUGGAAAUUCAGCUAUAUCAUCAGAUUUCUAUCCUGAGACGCAUUGUCCAGCCUGGAGAUGCAGAUUUUGUACUGGUUUUAAUGGGGUGGAGAGCUUGUAACCGCACCUUCUACGGUGACGUGGGUCGUAGCUACGAGGUGACGGUAGAGCGCCCCAAGAACAUGCUCACCACCUUCACCUGUCACCUCACCUUCGUCGCUGAAGGUGACGAGUACGGAGACAUCGUCCAGCUCACUAUCCAAGACUUCAGGUUGGGCGACUUCUUCAGCUACAACAGCGGGUGUCCUCAGGGUUGGAUGCAAAUCAGUGAGAGGGAGAGACCUUACACUGAUGGCUACUGGUGUGGCGACGGACGAGGCUUCAACGUUUACUUCAGCGAAACCUCGACCACUACACUCACACUGAAGAAGUUUAUACCCAUGGACUACAUACACUUCGAGGGCUUGUUGCAGUCACCUUUCAACUUCCGUCUCACCUACAAGACGUUGAGACGAAGCGACGCUAUCCUUCGCUACGGCAACGCCACUUCUCCCAAGAAUCGAGGUGACCUCGUAGACGGCUCGCUCUGCGACAGGAUAUUCCUCAACUGCGACGAGUACACGUGCUCCGUGCAGAGUCCUAACUUCCCCGUGUACCCACGGCACGUCACCUGUCACUUCCUGAUCAAACAGACUCGCUACGUGCCCUACGCCAAGCCUCUGAUCACCAUCCAUCAGGACAACCCACUCAGAUUCAACGUCAAGGCCAACUCUGCCCUGCCAAGCCAGGGGCUUAACUCUCCUGGCUUACAGAUCUGGGGGUCGUGCGACCUGGUGCACGACCAUCUACUGGUGUAUGAUGGGAACUCCACGGAAUCUCCGCUUUUCCUGAAGGUGUGUGGCUCGGGGCCGCUGCCCCCCAUCACCUCAACGGGGCCGGAGAUGCUGGUGGUGUUCAGCACCUCGCGCUUUGACGAGCCUACUCAGGAGACUCUCAUGCCCAGGACCUUCGGCUUUGAACUGGACGUCAAGGUCACCUACCUCAACAUGGACUCGAGGCAGUUCGCUCGGAACCGACAGUGCGUUUUCCACAUCUUCGGCGCUAACAACGCCAGCGGAGAGGUGGUGUCGGUGGUGAACACGCAGCCACAGAACUCCUCCUGCGUGUACCUCUUCCACGGGGAGCCACAUGAAGUGGUCUGGGUGCACUUUCGCAAGUACGAGAUCGCCCCGAAAAUGGGUCACUACACUUACAAUAUGACCGAGUGCAUCAACCCACUCAGGAUUUACGAUGGGAACUUCUUUGAUACGAACACCCCGUACGGAUCUCCUAGACGUGCCCGCCUUAUCCAGGAGCACUGUACGGCACGCCCGCCGCCCAUGUGUGCUCGUGAAUACCUGCCGCCCCGCCGUGGCCUCUCCGCCCCGGUCAAAGCCUGCACUAGGAAUGAAAGUUACGUCGCCGAUGGACCCAAACUGACAGUAGUGCAGCACUACAACGAGUCCACCGCUGCACUCGCCAUGGACUUCAUCUUGCGUUACGAGUUCGUCAACACCAGGCCUGGGUACCGCCCGACUAACGGCAGCGAAUGUGAUUUUGAAGCCAUCAGCGACGGGUACUCGCUCCGCACGGGGCGGGUGUUCUCGCCCAGGACUUCCGUGCUAUAUGGGAGGUGGGGACGUCGCAAGCUAUCUUGCCAAUACCGCUUGACGGCCCACAGUGACGAGGUAGUGCGUGUGACAGUCACUAAGUUCCACAGCGUGUCUCGCUCCUGCCUCACAACCACCAAUAAUUUCACCGGAAGUUACGACUGUGACAGCCGAGCUGGUCAGACCGCGUCCCUCGUCAUCUCAGAGUAUCCCUGGCAGGAGAUUGAGGUGCCAAGACUCUGUACCUGUGACUAUUCAGCCAUUCCCAUUGAGUACGAAUCAAAAUCGCAAGAGCUGAGACUUAAAUUUGAAGUUAACAACAUGGACGAGACUCAUGACUACCUAGACUUUAUGUUUGAAGCUCAGUAUGAGUUCGUCAAAAAGACGUCUUGCAGGAAAGAGCAGAGGCUUCAAGGCACCAACGGCGAGAUAGUUUUCCGCAAGGCUAACCUUACAGAACACAAGCCGUGUGACAACUACCCGUGGCUUCUUCAGACCUCAGACGCCGACAAAUCGAUCUAUUUCAGAAUACGAGGUUACGACCACAUCGACAAGAACUGCACCACUACCACUAGGCUCCUGGUCUUCAAAGUAGGUCGUCUGAGACCAGUUGCAGUACUCUGCCCGGACUCCUCCACUAAAAAUGUCGUAGAGUUGUACAGCUUUGCCUGGCAAGGUUCAAGUUCUCUAGUGGAACAGUCGACGGAUAAGCUGGUGCUGGAGGUGUCUGGGCGUGAUAGUGUUCGAGACCCAGGUCCACACAAACUCUCCUGGCUGCAGGUGUCCCCAGUGCGUCAGUACGACUGGUCAUCGGAGGGCAUCGUGCGGGGAUGCCAGGAGGAAUGCCCCGAACUGCGCGUGUGCAUCAGCGAGAUCCUCUGGUGUGACGGGGUGCAUCACUGUCCCUCAGGCUACGAUGAACUCAUCGCUCACUGCUUCUUCCUUUCCGUGCCCUGGGCUUAUAUCGGGGUAGGGUCUGCCCUCAGCGUCAUCCUACUGGUAGGGGUGACUGUGUACGGUGCGGCCAGACUUCGAGCUGCAGACAAGAAGACACACCAGCACCCGCCGAUACCCACUCUGCCCACUGCUUCUGAGUCCCUCUUCUCUUCAGACAAAGACGCGGCGGAGAGGGAUGGCGGAGUGACUUCUGCCUACAGCCUGGACUAUAGCGAAGUGGACUAUGUGACAACCUUAUGAGGACCACACCAGGUAGUCACUAGCAGUACCACCUUAGCCACAUUCACCACACCAUCAACCACCCUGACCACAUUCACCACACCAUCAACCAGCACCAUCCACCCACAAAAUGCCCAAAAUGUGUCUACCUCCCAAGUUUCGGCCAGUGAAACUCCUCGAUCACAAUCCCGACCACGUCUACGACCCCGAACUCUCAAUACCCGACCUGUCUACAACGACCACGACUUACACUCGGCUGCAUCCUCAGCCAGCGACACUUUACAACGCCCCUUCAACAGAUCAUAUCUCUACACCCUCGCCGCCCUCAACACCCACCCACUGGCAGCCCUCAACACCCCCACAAGUCACCCUCGUCGUGCUCACUAGUUCUGUUAAGAUGUUGAUGCGCUCUCCCACUUUACUUUGUGCCAGCGUUUAUCUUCCUCAGCUGACCAGAAAAACGCUGAGAAGGGAAAAACUGGAUAAUAUUUACAUUCCUUCAAAAUUUCUUAAAGGCAACUGACACGUUUCUCUCUUAUUACAUAAGACAUAAGAACAUAAGAAUGGAGGAACACUGCAGAAGGCCUACUGGCCCAUACAAUGCAGGUCCUUAUCAAAACCAUCACUACUCGGCAUAUUGUGAUGUCUUUGAUCAUUUGAGUACGAUAUACAGGCGCAGAUAUAUGGCAUAUGUUCUUAUGGCAUAAAUGUAUGACACAUGUGAAGACAAGAAUUAACAUAUGCGUACGAUAUAUGCGAGUGACAUAAAUUGAGUACGGCAUAUAGACCAAACUUACCACAAGUGUGUUCCCCUCUUCAUGUAUGAAUCUCACUCUCACGUACAACUCAUGAAUCAUGUACAUAUGUAUAUACACACUUUACUGCAUUUAUAUACACCUGGCUCACAGCUUCCUCAAACCUUCAUGUAUAUACCUUGCCUCACAUACACACACCAGGCACGCGGCUUCCUCGGCUAUAUAAAUCAUUUGUGACCAGUUUUAGUGACAAUUCCUGAAUUCCUAGUGCUAUGUGCUGCUGCUGCUUCUAGUUGCCACUUUCUCAUCUUAGCUAUUGUCUGUGUUCAUCAGAUUACAAAGUGAAAUGUUUCUGCGUCAUAAUGUAUUGGUUUCUUGGAUUGCUAUUAGCUCUAGUGUGAAAAAAAAAAAUCUGUUACUUUGUCUGUUAGUGGUAGACUGAGUCAUUACUGAGUAAAACACAAGGAAAGCAAAUUUA